GAAAAGAUAUAGAAUAACCAGCAUUCAUAUACAAACCGCCACGUCGGACAAGAGGAAUCUUCGAAGAUCUGAACUCGUGGCAAACCUUUAUUUCUGUAAUCCGAUCAAACGAACACCGAAAUCGUCUUCUAGUGCAUAGAAGCGUGAACUAGCUGAGUAACGAAAGCAUUCAAAAUGAGUGAGAAAGUGGUGCUAGUAACGGGAGGAACCGGACUGAUCGGUCGUGCCAUCGAAACCGUGAUCAACGAUGAAAAGCCGGCAGAUGAACGCUGGCUGUUUGUUGGCUCUAAGGAGGCCGAUUUGACGGAUUUGCAAUCGACGCGUCGCAUGUUUGAAAAGUACCAGCCAACGCACGUGGUGCAUCUGGCGGCGAUGGUUGGCGGACUGUUCCACAACAUGAGCAACAACCUAGACUUCCUGCGGAAAAACAUGUUUAUCAAUGAUAAUAUCCUGCUGCUUAGCCACGAACUAGGAGUGAAGAAGGUGGUAUCGUGUUUGUCGACCUGCAUCUUUCCCGACGUCACCACGUACCCGAUCGAUGAAACAAUGAUUCAUAACGGACCACCGCAUGAGUCCAACUUCGGUUACAGCUACGCGAAGCGACUGAUAGAUAUCACGAACCGUGCCUACAAUCAACAGUACGGUGACCUGUUUACCUCGGUAGUGCCUUGCAACGUGUUCGGACCGCACGAUAACUUCACCCCAGGCGUGAGCCAUGUUAUACCUGGCAUGAUACACCGGAUGCACGAGCUGAUCUAUCUUAAAAACCCCGAUCAACCACAGGAGGAGAAAGUGUUUUCCGUGUACGGAACGGGCAAACCACUGCGCCAGUUCAUCUACUCGCUCGAUCUUGCCAAACUGUUCAUCUGGGUACUGCGUCACUACGACAGCGUGGAACCGAUCGUGCUCUCCGUGGACGAAUCGGCUGAAGUGUCGAUCGCCCAGUUAGCCGAAUCGCUCGCGAAGGCGUUUGAUUUCAAAGGAAAGCUAGAGUUCGAUACCAGUAAAGCCGAUGGCCAGUACAAGAAGACGGCAUCAAAUGCGAAGCUGCGUCGCCUGCUGCCCGAGUUCCGCUUUACCGACUUUGAUAGCGCGAUCAAAGAUUCGGUCAAAUGGUACAUCGACAAUUACGAGCACGCCAGGAAAUGAGGCGCGGACCUGCCCCCUUUGAGAGAAUAAAGCUGGUCUGUUCUUUCUUUAUCAAGCAUAAUUCGGGACCCUUGGAAUUAUUUCCUAAAAACGAUGAAAGCUUACGGUAUUUAUUAUGUACAGGUCAUUAAAUAAUAUUACAGAUGUAAGAAGAUAGUAACGUUACGCUAUACUUUUGCUUCACGCCCUGACAAUCUGGUGCCGCCCUACUCUCGGUGUGUGUGUUUUUCGUGUAUGGUUGGUAAUGCAAAAAGGAAUAAUGCGACGAUUCCCUAUCCCGGGUCCAUUGUUUUCUUU